GUCGGAAGGGAUUGCUUGUUCAUGAGAACCAAAUCAAAGGCUAACGAGGAUACUACCGUUAUUGCCGUUAUCUGGCUAAAAGAAUAACUGAAAUAAUAGGUAAAUUAAAGGUGUUUUGUUGAUAUGUCAUUACGUUCUACGUGUGUGCUCGUGAUUAUUGAUUAGGUCGCAAACGUAACGUAUAGUGAAAAUUUGCUAACGUUAGCUUGCUAACUUUACUGCAAGGUCUAAUGUCGCUGGGUGAGUAACUACGUUAUUAUAACUUGACUGAGUGCUAGUGAUGCCACUGCUAACGUUAGCAUAAUGUUAUCGGGUUUAGGUCUGCGGUCUCGAGUCUCAGCAUCUCUACACAUCUGAACCGCAGGCUAAUCAAGAUUAACCUAAUGUGCUAGCUAAUCGCCACCUUAUUAUUACUAGCCUUCACAUUGAAUAAGUCGUUUCCUUGUGUCAGAAUGCUAGCAGUUCCCUUUAACUUUCGCGUGUUAACUUCAGAAAUAAUUAAAAUCCAAUAAUUCGCUUGGUAGUGUAAGUUAUAUUCCCGGGCAUAGCAUAGUCUUUUGCGCCCUGACUGGAUUCCAUUUAGGAGACGUUUGGCUCACUGCGCUUGUGCGUGCAGAACCGAUCUGCAGCAAGCCUGCUAGCGUUAGCUAGCAAGCAAUGGAUGGCUGUCAUGCUGGAGCAAGGAAUGGGAUCGUGCCGCCGGUGAGGUCUCAUCUGACACAUGUGAGGAAAAUAAAUCUGUAGAUCUGCGUGUUUGCGAUUGCAUUCUAAAAUGCUGUGGUCAUCAACGAGAACAGUCCACAGCAGUGACCAUAGUCGAUUCAACCCACGCCAGUGAAAAGAUUGCCCCCGUCCCCUUAUGGAUGUGUGUAACCCCAACCGUACAGCCCCGGUGAGUGAGGCUGGGCACCGCCGGGACCUGCCGCCGUGCUCCCGGACCAACGGGUGGAGCUGGCCUCCGCACCCAUUCCAGCUGCUGGCCUGGCUUCUCUACCUCUUCUUUGCUGUGACCGGGUUUGGGGUGUUUGUGCCUCUGCUGCCUUCCCACUGGAUCCCAGCCGGCUACAUUUGUACUGGCAUCAUGUUUGUGUGUCACCUAUUCGUGCACCUGAUGGCGGUGUCCGUGGACCCCGCCGACUACAACGUGCGUGCCAAGAGCUACCAUGGCCCCAUGCCCGUCUUUGACCGCACCAAACAUGCCCACGUCAUCGAGAACUGUCACUGCUACCUCUGCCAAGUGGACGUGGGGCCCAAAUCCAAACACUGCAGUGCCUGUAACAAGUGUGUUGCCAACUUUGACCAUCAUUGCAGAUGGCUCAACAACUGUGUGGGAAGCCGAAACUACUGGCUGUUCCUGAACAGUGUGAUUUCUGCUCUUCUGGGUAUAUCCCUGGUGGUGGUCAUAGCCAGUUACGUCUUCAUUGAGUUCUUCUUGGACCCCUCAAAGCUUCGCACUGAUAAACACUUUCAAGUGAAGAAUGACUCAGUGGUCUGGUUUGUGUUCCUGCCCGUGGCUCCGGUCUCCACAGAGGGCCCUGCCAUCCCUGCCCUGGCUGGGGUCACCAUAGGCCUGGGCCUGCUCUCCAGCCUGCUGCUGGGGCAUCUGCUGUGUUUUCACAUCUACCUCAUGUGGAACCGUCUUAGUACUUACGAGUACAUUGUGAAACAGAGGCAUCGCCAGGGCUCCAGCAUCCAACCAGAUGGGACCAAUGAGGCGGGCCCUCCCAAAAUCAGUCUUAUCAAGGAUGUAACCUACUCGGGGACAUUGGGCUAUACCAACCCGAAUAUGGAUGUAGAAGACCCAGUCGCCAUUGCUGCAGCCCGGGGGGGUCCAGGGUUCCAUGGUAACGGCAGAGUUCCCAGUUCGUCCAGCAGAAUGGUGGAAGAGGAACCGCUACCCACCCUGUCUACUGACAACAGGACAGCACCCCGAAAACAGAAGAAAAAGAAGAAAGUGCACAAAGUACCUGCAGAGGUCAUCAAUGACCGUUCUACUGAGACGUCAGCACCUGACCCCCGAAGUGUAACACCAAUCCCAACGGCCGUGUCCCACCUGUCCAGCUCCCUGAGCCAGCGUCUUCCCCUCCCCGCCUUCCCCCUCCGGGCCUCCCUCCCGCACGCGUCCUCCUCUGGCCUGGGCCCAGUUCUGCCGGGCGGACCCCCGGCUGAGUACCACUCAGACUCUGCAGAGUCUCUGGAGGAGAUUCCCGUGGCGCUGGCGCGGCUGGGCACCGCGGCAACGCCCGGGGUGACGUGUGUGGGCCCGCCCGCCGCCGCGGGGUCGUCUUCCCAGCGUUCCCUAUUCCUCCCGGUCCGCCUGCAUUCCCCCCGCCCCCGGACCGGGAAGAGGCCCUCUGCGCCCGGCGGCCGGAAAGGGGGAGGGGCAGGGGGGGGCCCGAGGUUUGAGAUGGCCGCCCAGCCUACUGUGGUGUAUGUCAGCAGGAGCAGUGGGGAGCCCGGAGGAGCGGCGCCCCGGGAGGACAGGGGCAGCAGAAGGCCGACCAGCAGGAGAACCUUUGAGGAGUCCGGGGCUAGUUCCAGCCAUAGUUCCAGGGCUGGCACCCCACUGGCUUAGGCCAGCUCCCCCAGGACAGGGCACUGCAGCCUGGGCAGACUGACUGACUGACUGGCUGGCUGGAUAUCUAACUGUGGGUGGCUGGUUGACUGGCCAACCGACUGGAUUGUCUUUUUGACUGGCUGCCUAGCUAGCCAAAUGCUGCUUCGGAGACCAGAAGGCAACGGUGAGGCGCGGUGUAGCGCUGAGUCGGGACACAACCUAUGCAAACUAACAAACCCAUCAGAACAGACUGGGGGAAACUGGUCAUCCUGUUCUGGCUGCAAGUGUCUUACCAAAACAGUCACUUCUAUUGGACCGAGACUACGUCCCAAAGAGCACCCUAUUCCCUACAGGGCAAUAGUCAACACACCUUUUCACAUUGAAUACAUUAUCCCAAUGGAAGAAUUGUGAUCUGAAGUCGGCAUGAGUGUGCAGAUUCUUUAUAAUGGGGGUUGUAAAUGUGUUAACAGUCAUGUAGAUGAAAACUCUUAUUAACGGUGAAAAAACUUUUAUCUUGAUAUUAACAAAAGCUGCAUUUUCAAUAAGGGUGUGUUGACUUCUACUUCAUCUGCUCUAGUACACUAAGCCCAGCAGGGAUUCUGGUCAGAAAUAGGGCACUGGGUCUGAAAGGUGCCAUUUGGAACAGAAAUUAUUAUAACCACCACAAUGUAUGUUUCCUGUUUUCACUUACUUGGUUAAAUAAUCCUUUGUACUUUUGUAGCGUUGCACAAAAUAAUCUCCAUUGACACACAGAUUUUUUCAGUGUUCCUAUUGUCCAACCCUGUUUCCAAAAAAGUUAGUACGCUGCGUAAAAUGCAGAAAAACAGAAUGCAAUAAUUAUUUUCUG